AUGGCUGAACAUCAAGAAGAUGUCACUAAUACGACCACCACGGCGGUGCUUCGCGAUAAAGAUGAGGAGAUGCUCGAACAUCGAGACGAUACGCUCAAGGGUGCCCAGAGGGCCACGGAGGACGAGCAUGGAAUGAGCUUGAGGGAGGGUAUUCGGAAGUAUCCCAAGGCUGUCUUCUGGUCGAUCUGGUUCUCAUCGGCUCUCAUCAUGGAGGGAUUUGACCAUGCUUUCGUCACUGGAUUCUUCGCCUUCCCUGCGUUUCAAAAGCGAUAUGGCACCCUUCAGAGUGAUGGAACAUAUCAAGUCCGCGCAGACCUACAGUCCGCCGUCGGCAAUGGUGUCAAUGCUGGAGAAAUCGUUGGUCUCCUGCUGAACGGCUUCCUUGCCGAUUGGAUUGGAUACCGCUGGGUCAUGAUCGGCUGUCUCUUUCUCAUGAUGGCGUUCAUCUUUCUCCAAUUCUUUGCGACCAGCAUCUACAUGUAUCUCGGGGCUGAAAUCCUACUCGGUCUCCCAUGGGGUGUUUUCCAAACCCUGACAACGACCUAUGCUGCCGAGGUCUGCCCAAACGUCCUGCGACCGUAUCUUACCAUGCUGGUGUCUCUUUGCUGGAGCAUUGGAUACCUGGUUGGAACCGGUGUGCUGCGUGCCUUCCUGUCCUCGGAGGGACAAUGGGCGUAUCGAAUUCCAUUUGCGCUGCAGUGGGCUCUACCCAUCCCCCUUGCUAUUGGGAUUUUCCUGGCGCCCGAAUCACCAUGGUGGCUGAUUCGCAAAGGCCGUAGCGAAGAUGCUCGUAAAGUCCUCCACCGACUACGGGCCAAGGAUAGCCCAGAGGAUGAGAUUGCCGACACGGUUGCCAUGAUGGUGCAGACGGUCCGAAUCGAAAAUGAGAUGAAGUCUACUAGCAGCUACUGGGACUUGUUCAAGGGGGUCAAUCUGCGUCGCACCGAGAUCACCGUCCUCACCUAUCUUAUUCAAGAGCUGUGUGCUCCUCUGGUGGCCUAUAUCGUGUACUUCCUCGAGCAGGCUGGCCUUGAUCCAAAGGCAGCUUUUGACUUUGGUAUGGGAGAAUACGCUCUCGCCAUUGUUGGUGUCUUUGUUGCGUGGUAUUUCGUGCCGCGAACGGGUCGGCGCACCUUACUGCUCGUCGGUACUGCUUUCAUGACCAUCACCACCUUUGUGAUCGGCUUCUUGGGGAUUCCGAAUAUCAAGACGCAUCCAAACAUUGGAUAUGGGAUUGGCAGUAUUCUUCUGAUCGAAUAUUUUGUGUUCUUCAUCACCAUCGGUCCUAUCAUUUACACCAUUGUCACCGAAAUCCCGUCCAACUACCUUCGCAACAAAAGUGUGGUACUUGCUCGGGCCGUCUACAAUGUUGGCGUUCUUGUCUACGGUCAACUCGUGCCACAUAUGAUGCAGAAAGCAUCCUGGAACUGGGGUGCGAAGUCCGGGUUCUUCUACGGAGCCAUCAUGGGCCUUGGUUUCAUCUGGGCAUGGUUCCGACUCCCGGAGACCAAAAAUCGCACAUUUGCAGAGAUGGAUAUCCUGUUCAAGAAUAAAGUGAAGGCGCGAGAUUUUGAGAAGACGAAAGUGGAUCUCGGCAGUGAGACUGUGUCUCAAGCCUAA